AUGGCAGUGAUCCCUUCCGUGGUGUUCGUGGCACUGCUACUCUACAUACUAUACCUGACGAAGAAACGUCACGACCGAGCCAGAGUUCCACCGGGUGCUCAGUCGCUGCCAGGACCCAAGUGCUACCCUAUACUAGGGAGGGUACAUGACAUCCCUUCAGAGGCAUCAUGGUUGAAGUUCUACGAAUGGUCCAAACAGUAUGGGCCGAUAUACCAGAUGGAGAUGUUCGGAUCGGUUCAUGUCUGGAUCUCGUCGGAGCAGAUCGCACAUGACCUCCUAUCACGCAGAGCCCCCAUCUACUCGGAUCGUCCGCAGAUACCUAACCUCCCAGACAACCGGACCAAGGGGGACUAUCUGGCCUUGUCAGGUCGCAAUGAGACAUGGAAGCGGCAGCGGAAGCUAUGCCAACAAUUGAUGGCUACCUCGGCACAUGACUCAUUGCAUGGCUACCCAACCAUGGAGCGCGACCGCUUUCUCUACCUGCUAUCGAAAGAUUCGUCUCAGUAUCGAGAGUACGUCGAACAGUUCACAGCGCGCAGCGUAGCCCGCCUCUCCUGGGGCAGUCCCCAUUCAGCCCAGGUCCUGCGGGUGACGACUCACGGCCUCCUUGAAACGAUAUCUCCCUCGGGUGCCCUUCCCAACGUUAUCUCUUGUCUGCGGCACCUGCCCGCCUGCCUCAGUCCGUGGAAGCGAAAGGAGAAUGCGCGCCACGAACUGGAGGCGACGAUGCUCAAGGACAACGUACAGUAUGUGCACGAGCGUAUCAACGAGGGCAACGCCCCACCGAGCUUCGUCCGCACCUUCAUCGACGGACUAUCCAGUUCCGCUGACAAGGCCAAAUGGGGUGAGGAGGCCGAGGCUACGUACGUGGUCGGGCAGAUGGCCAUCGCCGGAGCCUUGACCAUUGGUAGUCCCAUACAGAGCUUCCUCCUGGCCAUGCUGCAUUAUCCGGAUUGGCAGGAGAAACUCCACAAGGAGAUCGAUGAGGUGUGCGAGGGCGCUUGUCCGCAAUGGGCAGACCGCUCCAAGUUGCCCAUGUUGCGUGCCGUCGUCAAGGAGGUGAUCCGCUGGCGGCCGCCCGUUCCAACCGGUAUUCCGCACGCACUUGAGCAAGACGAUGUGUACAAUGGCUAUUUCAUUCCUGCCGGUGCUACCAUCCACGCUCUAGAAUGGGCCAUCACCCGCGACGAGACAACCUACCCAGACGCAGAGACAUUCAAUCCAGCGCGAUGGCUGAAGCCAGAGUACCCGACCUACAAGGAGCCGCUGACACUGCACCCCAACCUCAACGGCUUCAGCCAGUUCGGCUUCGGUCGUCGCACGUGCCAGGGUGUCCCGAUCGUGGAGCAGGAUCUUUUCCUGGCUAUGGGCGGCAUGGCCUGGGCCUUCCACAUCACCAAGAAGCGACGCGCCGACGGGACCGAAGUGCCCGUGCAUUGGAACGACUUCACGCCACUGCUCAUCGCGAAGCCCGCGCCAUUCAAGUUUGACGCCAUCGUGCGGAGCGAGGAGAAGGAGUUCUUACUCGCGCAAAUGUGGGAGAGCGGCAAGGGCGAGGACGACGAAGACGAAGAGCAGCAGCAGUUGCGACAGACUAUAUGGAAGGAUAUGGAGAAGAGGGAUAAGGGUGCGCUGGCGGCCCACGAGCACGAUGAUGACGUCUCGAGUGAUCGCGGCAGCGAGACGAGUGGCGUGACCACUGACACCGACUCGACCGCCUCGACAGGAUCGGAAGGCGACGCUUAA